AUGGAUUUUUUCAUGUUGUUGUUGUGCUGCUAUGGGUCAAACAUGUUUGUGAUAAAUGUGGUACAAUCAUUUUCCUUUGACGAGUUAGUGAAAUGUGUGUGCAACAAAUGGUGUGAUUUGUCUGCUGAUUCAAUCACUAUGUUUUACCGACUGUCGGAGUAUACAAAUUGUCAUUUGGAUAACAAUGAGGAAUUGCAAAACAUGUUAUUACUUGGUAAAUCAAUUGGAGUUGAAGGAAUUGAUGUUGUUGUUGAGCAAAAAUUGGGCACUAAUAGACAUAGUAGUUUAGCAAAUCCAUGCAUUGAAGAUGAGGAUCAAACAAAUUUGCUUCGUAGAUAUUGUGCACACAGUGAGAAGGUUUUGCUGUCUUCAGUUUGGGAAAAUGAUAUUACGCAUAUUGGUCAAUGUUUCACAGGAGGAGCAUUUGAGUUUCGUACUGUUUUAUGCAAAUAUGCAGUGCAAUGUGGAGUCCAAAGAGCAAACCAAUUUUUCUACCUUAAGAGAUGGACUAAGAUACAUAGUUGUGGUGCUGAUGUUCGUACUUCAAAAAAUCCAAGGCUCAACUCUGAUUUGGUGUCAAAUGUUGUAUCUGAGCGUAUUAGGGACAUACCACUAACACGCCCCACUGAUGUGGCAUAUACUUUCAAGGCAGACUAUGGACUUGAUAUCAGCUACCAUGUAGCAUGGUUAGGUGUUAAGAAAGCGAGAGAGGCUAUGCAUGGUGAUUACUUAACAUCGUUUGACCAACUGAAAUGGUAUGGUGAUGCUGUUCAGCAUUAUAAUCCUGGAAGUCAUAUCAAUAUUGACUAUGAUUUGAAGACUAGUCAGUUUAAAAGGUUUUUUGUAGCAUUUGCUGCGUGCAUAAAUGGCUUCAAAUAUUGUCGCCCUUUGCUUUUUCUUGAUGGAACAUUUCUAAAAGAGAGAUACAAAGGGCAGUUGCUUACAGCGACAGCUAAAGACGGUAACCAAGGAUUGUUUCCAGUAGCCUUUGCAAUUGUUGAUUCGGAGAGUGAAUCGAAUUGGUCAUGGUUUCUAUAUGAACUGUCAAAAGUAAUUGCUGAUGAUAUACGUAUGACAUUUGUAUCCGAUCAUAAUCUAGGGCUUUUGGAAGCAAUGCCAAAGGCAUUCCCAUCAGCAUAUCAUGGAUGGGGACAACGAUAUGGUGAGAUGACAUCCAAUGUUGAUGAAUCAUUUAACAAUUGGAUUAAAGAAGAACGAAAUCUUCCAAUAACAAAAUUGGUUGAUACUAUCCGGAAUCAAAUAAUGUGUCAAAUGUCAGAGCGAAGGGAUAUUGCAAACAAGUGGAAUGAAAUUAUUUGCCCUACCUUUGAGACUAACCUCCAAGAUUCAUUCAAUUCUAAUAGGUCAUGGAAUGUGAGUAAAGCUAAUGAUGAUGUGUUCGAGGUGCAUUCGUUUCUAUCAGUUACGGUUGAUGUUGGACGUUGUGUUUGUUCUUGCUACCAGUGA